AUGUUUUGUGCAUUCCCUGGUCCAGGGUCAGCCAGCAAGUCAUUAAUAUAUUAUUACAGUAACGGGAAGUCGGUCUGUUCUCCAAAUCAAGAGGAGUGUAAGAGAGAUUCACCUGUCUACUCUGCAACACAUAAACUCACCACUACAACAUAUACAAAUUUCUUCGAAGGCACAAAUGGAUCCUCUGACCCCUGGAGCUCAUCCAGUGGAAUUCUACAGGCCAGCCAUGGAGGCAUGCUGGGCUCCUCUGUAUCCAGCCAAUCACAGUCAGGGAAUUAUGGCAACCAUCCAUCACAUGAUCAUCCGAAUGUGCCUCCCCACUCUGCCUCCUCCUCAGACAUGAGUAAGGCUCUUCCCCCAAUGUCAACCUUCCACAGAGGUAUUGGCAAGUCCUCAUUCACCUCUGUGACCCAAACCUCGCCUGGCACAGAAAGCUCCAUGGGAAACCAAGGAAACCCUGUUGGAAGUUCUGCGACCGGUGAUGCACUAGGAAAAGCCUUGGCAUCUAUUUAUUCUCCAGACCAGAGCAGCAGUAGUUUUCCAUCUAGUUCAUCCACUCCAGUGCAGUCUCCAUCGUCUCUCACUUCUUCUGCCCUUCCUGCAGUUAACAAUCAAUGGCCCCGCUCCUCUGGAGACUCAACACUCUCCUCCAGUUAUGAGAACUCUCUGCACUCCCUGAUGGAGGACAGGUUGGACAGGCUGGAUGAUGCCAUUCAUGUCCUUCGAAACCAUGCGGUUGGCGGCACUGUUGCUGGGUUGACCGGGGACAUACAUGCUCUUCUUGGACAUGCACAUCAUGGUUCAGCCACUGCAAUGACAACAAGUUUCCCUGCCGUAGGAUUGGCUGCUGGACGAGGAUCAUCUACCGUGGUGGUAGAUGGUGCUGAGGCUGCCGCUCUCUCUAUGAUCUCUGCUCUGCCGAUCUCAACAGCUCCUCCCACUGCUGCCUGUCUGACCAAUAAGGAUGAGAGCUUCAGAGACAAACACACACAAUCAGCUGAAGAGAGUGACCCACAGGACAUAAAGACACCCACAGAGUCAACAACCAGGAGCAGUAGCAUCCAUGAAGAUGAGGACCUGAGUCCCGAGCAGAAAGCAGAGCGUGAGCGUGAGAGGAGGAUGGCAAACAACGCCCGUGAGCGACUGCGUGUCCGAGACAUCAACGGGGCCUUUAAGGAGCUCGGUCGCAUGUGUCAGCUGCAUCUGAAAAGUGACAAGCCCCAGACCAAACUGCUCAUUCUCCACCAGGCUGUGGCAGUCAUACUCAGUCUGGAGCAACAGGUCCGAGAGCGUAACCUGAAUCCUAAGACUGCUUGUCUACGGAGGAGGGAAGAAGAGAAAGUAACAGCGGGAACUCUGGAUUCUCAGCCCAUGCACGCAGUGCUCCAUUCUGACCUACAUGACACAGUCAACAACCUCAUGGGCCAGCUAUGA